GGGUUCCAUCUCCUCGUUCCUCUGCUGUUGGUGGGCCUUCCGAUUUCACUGGCCACCUCGGGGGGUACAACAGCUGAACCUUAGCCGGCCAAUGGAGGAGCAGGGCCCCCUGGACGUCAUCAUCCACAAACUGACCGAUGUCAUCCUCGAAGCCGACCAGAACGACAGCCAGUCCCUGGAGCUGGUGCACAGGUUCCAGGAAUACAUUGAUGCCCACCCUGAGACCAUCGUCCUGGACCCCCUUCCCGCCAUCAGAACCCUGCUUGACCGGUCCAAGUCCUAUGAGCUCAUCCGGAAGAUCGAGGCCUACAUGAAAGUCAGAGGGCCCUGGAUCUAGCAAGCACCUGGCAUGGAUGCAGUCAUGGACCCUGGUCAG